GUCUUGAGUGCUCUAACUCAGAGGAAAAUGACUUAUUUUAAAAAGCGGUAAAAGCAUCGCAUUCCUUUGGCACAGGAUGAAGACCAGCUCAGCUCUUCAGCCAGUUGAUCUUUGUCUAUUGUUCUCCAAACAGUAAACCACUAUUUCCACAUCGACAAGAUCCUGGGCUGCAUUUCUGUCCGAGUCCUGGCUCCUCAUGAAUAUGAACUGAAGGGCUCUGACCCAGAAAGUGGUUCUGAGCAGGGUAAAAUGGGGUCUCGGAAAUGUGGAAGCUGCCUGAGUAGUUUGCUGAUUCCUCUUGCACUUUGGAGUAUAAUUGUGAACAUAUUAUUGUAUUUCCCCAAUGGGCAAGCUUCCUAUGCAUCCAGCAAUAAACUCACCAACUACGUCUGGUAUUUUGAAGGAAUCUGUUUCUCAGGUAUCAUGAUGCUUGUAGUAGCAGCAGUUCUUCUUGUAUUGGAGAAUGACAACAACUAUAAAUGUUGCCAGAGUGAAAACUGCAGCAAAAAAUACAUGACAGUGCUGUCGAUGAUCUUUUCUGCUCUUGGAAUUGCUUUCUCUGGAUACUGCCUGGUCAUAUCUGCUCUGGGCCUUCUUCAAGGUCCGUAUUGCCGUACUCUUGAUGGCUGGGAGUAUGCCUUUGAAGGCACUGCAGGACGUUUCCUUACAGAUUCCAGAGAAUGGAUUCAGUGCCUGGAACCCGCGCACGUAGUGGAAUGGAACAUCAUCUUAUUUUCUAUUCUCAUAGCUCUCAGUGGACUUCAAGUGAUUGUCUGCCUCAUCAGAGUGGUCAUUCAGUUGUCCAAGAGUCUCUGUGGAACCUAUUCAGUCAUCAUCCAGCCUGGAAUCAUUUGAAUAAGGACAAGAAUGUUUUUCUUCAUCAAGAUAUGGCCAUCUACCUAUGUCUUCUGAAUGGACUUGAGGGUCAUUUUCAAAUGAUGUUUUUUUUCCCUCCAGAUGGUAUUUGCUGUCCUCACUGGAAUGCUGUCCUUCCUUUUAAAAUUUUUUUCAAAGCUAUAUGUGUCAGGAUCUUCAGAAAUAUUCAUACCUUUUUGAUCAAAUAAAAUCAAAUAAAUCCAACUUCAAUAAACUUCACUCUGAAAAUAAAUAAGAAUACAAGAUAAAACUUUAUGCAAACACAUAUAUUAGAACAUUUUUAAUAUUCUGGAAAAUUAGAAAUACCCAGAAAAUCAAACUUUAUGGAAAGGAUUAAAUAAAGCUUGGUACAUUCUUUGUAAUAUGAUAUAAAAUGAUGUUUUAAAGAUAAUGAGUACUGGGACCUUCCCUGGUGGUCCAGUGGUUAAGACUCCAAGCCCCCAGUACAGGGGACAAGGGUUUGAUGCCUGGUUGGAGAACUAGGAUCCCACACAUUGCAUGGGGCAGCCAAAAAUAUAAAAAAAUAAAUAAAGUUUAUGAGUUGUACUAGUGAAAAAGCAGAUUACAAAUUUAUAUUUGCAGUAUAAGCAUAACUAUCUAAAAAACACAAAACCAAACAAUCAAAAUAUAGGAUAAAAACUAAAUCUAGCUGGCUUUACACAAAAAUGUCAACUGUGGUUGAUUUGGGUCACAGGUGACCCUUCCUACUCUUCUAUAUUUUUCAUGUUUUUUUUUAUUACUUUUUACUAUUCAAAUACUUUUUAAAAAACAUAUUUUUACUGUAAAAAAUUUGCUAUUUUUCCAAACUUUAAAGGAAUAUGCUUUUUCCAAAUGUUUUCCAACCUUGACUAUCUGUAAACAUCACAGAAUAACACUUGAGUCAAUGUUCAGUGGGGAAAGUAGUGAGAUAGAUUAGCCAAAAAAAAGUUGUACAUAAACUUAUACACUCUAACUAGCCCUUGGCCUUAUUUUCUCACUCCUGGUGGUGACUAUGGUGGGCUACAAGAGGUAGACUUCAAUGAAUGAGCAGUUGAGGACACGCUCAGUGGUUUAGAGAAAGUGAUGACUGACUAGUUGAUACCUGUGUCAUGGGAAGUUACCACUACUGCAUUUAUUUAUUUUUUAAAUUUUUUAAAAAGUAAAACACUUAUGAGCUUUCUACCUAUACUUUGUAUAACCUCCUGGAGGACAUCAGUCAUGUCUUACAUUUUGCCAUCAUCCAUAGGGCCUAGCACAAAGUGGGCAUAGGAGAUACUUGACAUUGCACAGUCAUGCCAGGCUCUUCUGCUCUCUGUGGCUGCUCCCCUGAGUGUCUGUCUCCAUCAUAGGCCCACUGGGCCUUAACACUUCUGUCACUUCCCCAUUGCCUCUUUCCAUUGACACUGUCAAUGUUGCUCUACCAGCACCUACGCCAUGCCAAAGCUGUGCAAUAGUAACCAGCAGUCUGGAGAAUGGCUCUUUCCUUGGUGCCUGUUCAACCUCUUGUUCAUUGUUCAGUCACCCAGUCAUGUCUGACUCUUUGAGACACCAUGGAAAUAGCUAUAGCUCAACCUAUAGCUUCUUUUAAAGAAGGUGCCCUGUCCACAGCCUUUGCUGAAGCUAGUGAGCAUCCUAAAGCAAGGCGUGUUGGAUACCACAUGAUCCCCAUGCCUGGGACCUAACUAACAGAACUGGGACCAGCACCCAAGUCAUAGGCAACCUACUGUUACUUUAGUGGCAGAUGAUUUAGACUAAAGGCAAACACUGUCCAAAUGAGAUUGGUGGUUAUUUUUCCUUGAAAAUUUGAAUUGCAAAACCAAAAAUGAAGCAAUGCAGACAAUGCCUGCAGGAAAAUAAUUAAAGAUGAGGAAGGAAGCCAACAUCAGAGAGUUUCUCUGAUUACUUUAUCAUGCCCACAAGCUCGUCAUAUCCAGCAGUCUUGUUUUUCAGGUCUCUGAAAGACUCCUCUUAUAAGUGAACUUCUAGCAGGUCAGCACCACCAGAUUUGUCAGUAAGAUCUCAGUCGUGUUUAGAUUCAGUAUGGUACCACACAUUGAGCGGACAGUGAAUUGAUGUCAGCUGAAUGACUUCCCAAUAUUCCCAAUUGGGAAUAUUCUCUAACAACAAGAAAGAAGAAAGAAAGUAGAAAGUGUUUGUUGCUCAGUCGUGUCCAACCCUUUGUGACCCAUGGACUGCAGCCCACCAGGUUCCUCUGUCCAUGGGAUUUUCCAGGCAAGAAUACUGGAAUGGAUUGCCAUUUCCUCCUCUAGGAGAUCUUCCCAACCCAGGGAUCAAACCCAUAUCUCCUGUGUCUCCUGCAUUGCAGGCAGAUUCUUUACCCACUGCACCAUCAGGUAAUCCACAAGAAGGGCACAGUCAGUACAGUAUUCUAUCAGUAAACCAAAUAUUAACCAGCCAUCCAAAUUUUUUUUUUUUUAUAUUUAAAGAGUAUAUGCUAGAAAUUCCCUAGUGGUCCAGGGACUAGGACUCCACAGUUUCACUGCCUAGCCCGAGUUCAACCCCUGGUCAGAGAACUAAGAUCCCACAAGCCAGGCAGUAUGGCCAAAAACAAGUAUAUGCUGAUGAUGCAAUUUUAAGUAAAACAUCUGUAUACAAAUCUCUCUAUGCAGUUUGAACCCAAAUUUUCAAAUCACCACGUAACUACAUGUGGACAUGUACAAACAUUCAGACACAUAGAAAAAAUACUUAAAUGUUAAUAAUUAAUAAUUAUCACCUAAAUACAACCUAUGGGUUGUAUUUCUUUUCUUCAUAUUGCUCAUUACUUGAAGAAUUAGAAAAAAUAAAUGUCAUUUAAAAAACAAGUGUCCUCUAAUCCUUUCCGAAAAAUCCAUUUGAGGACCUUAAAAUAGGAAAGAACUGGACAUGAAACUGUGUAUGAUAACCUUUUCCUUACACUUUUAAGAAGGGAACUAUUUCAUUUUUUAAGUCUCAGAGAGGUUGAGUGUUGCCAAUUAAUCCUAAUGGGGAAUGAUUUCUAUUUUGUUCAUUUAUGCUUUUAUAUUUAUUAUCUCUCUCUUAUUUUCCUUGCUUCUUUCUCAUUGUACUUUCUCUGACUUAAAUUGAAAGCCUAGUUUAUUAAUUUUUAAUUUUUCUUCUUUUUUUAAGCAUGUAAGCAUGUAAGUGGUCCCAGGACUUCCCUGAUGAUCCAGUGGUUAGGAAUUCACCUGCCAAAGCAGAGGAAAUGGAUUCGAUCCCUGGUCCAGAAAGAUUUUGUGAGGCAACUAAGCCCAUGUGCCCCAACAAUUGAGCCUGUGUGCUGCAACUACUGGAGCCCACAUGCUUUAGAGCCCGUGGUCUGCAACGAGAGGCCACUGCAGUGAAAAACCUGCAUACUGCAACGAGAGAGUAAGCUCUACUCGCCACAACUAGAGAAAGCCUGUGUACAGUAACAAAGACUCAGCACAGUCAAAAAUAAGU